AUGAGGGGUGAGGACAUCCUAGUGGCACCGGUGCUGGAGCAAGGAGCUACUUCCAGGGACGUCUACCUUCCUUCUGGGCUGUGGUGGGAGGAGGGGGACCCUGAGAGGGUUCUGGUAGGACCCAUUUGGAUUAAGGACUAUCCCGCGCCGUUGGACGUCCUACCUUACUUUGUGCGCGCCAAGGAAUAUGUUGCCGAUGCAGCAUUUUGUCCUACCAUCACCGCUUUCCUAGUUCUCCUAGGAGCUAUUGCUAACUACAUAUCG